AUGACGCAUAUGUCGCUGCCUCCGCAAUUCAGCUCAAGUUUCCCAACCAUUGGGUUACCUAAAUUCAACGGGUCGGUCGAUACCUGGCUAGAUUUCCGUAAUCUAUUUACAUCGUUGGUCCACCAUGAUCCAAGCAUACCACCCGUCCGCAAAUUAUUUUAUUUAAAGGAUUGUCUAUACGGCGAUGCAGCGCGCGUCGUAGCCUCGAUAGACUUAUCUGAUUCGAAUUAUCAAAUAGCGUGGAAUUUACUUAAAGAACGGUACGACGAUCGAAAAUUUAUUCGCGACAGCUACGUAGACAUGUUGCUAGACUUACCUAGCAUAUCCAAAGAAUUUUCGGUGCAAGACUUUGUGGACUGCGUCCAAAAGGAUAUUCGUGUCCUUCAGUCAUUGGGAGAACCAGUUGAUUCUUGGAACUCCAUUCUAAUCGCAACACUCCGCAGAAAGUUCAGCGGCAGUCUUCGAGAAAGGUGGGAAGAUUAUAGCAACGACAUUCCUAACCCAACUCUUCAGCAAAUGCUUGCUUUCCUCAACCGACGGGCCCACUUAGAAAAAACCAGAAAUCAGACUUUAUCUUCUAAGUCUUCUGGCGCUCAGGAAAGGUCCAAACAUCCUAAUCAACAAGCUAACUCGCGCCCUCAAAAGGCGUAUAUGGCAACAACCUCGCAAAACCGGUGUCUUUUCUGCGAGGGUGAUCAUUAUACUAGCAACUGCUCUAAGUUCCUCGCGUUAACGCCACAUCAGCGUUACGAAGCUGCCAGGAAGGGCAGUUGGUGCAACAACUGCCUUCGUAAAGGUCAUCGCACUUCUCAGUGUUCCUCUAGUAAUUGCCGCAAUUGCCAGCAGAAACAUCACACCCUUUUGUAUUUUGAUAAGCAAAAUAACAUAGGGUUAAAGGUACCAGAGGUUCCGGCUUCGUCUUCCCCAGUGUCAUCUACGGUAGCUUUACAUGCUCGCUCAUCUUCUGAAGCUGUACUAGCCACAGCUCUUGUAGACUUAAUGAACAAUCAUGGGAAAAUCAAAACUUGCAGAGUCUUUCUGGACGCAGGCUCUCAAGCUCAUUAA